AAAAAUAAAGAAAAAAGAAAAAAAAAACGUAAGUAAGAAAAUUUAGGAAGAAACUAGCGAAAGAGAAAUCCCACCAAUCAAUUUGUCUGACUCAGGGAGCUCUGAGCCUGACUGCCGGAGACCCCCAAAAUUACAGAGCACGAGAAAUAAUUUGUAUUGAAGAGCAUCCUGUGUAUGACUUCAAUCUCGUUGGAACCGUGAGAGUACAGGAUGCUUUUCCUUUCGGAAUGUAUGGUAAAUUAUGAUAGUCUGAUUGGGUCAUCUCUGUUUUGAUUUGAAUAAUUAGGUGGAAGUGAUCAUCUAAACAUUGUUACUAUAAAGUAGAUUUAGAUGGAUCCAGCUGCUGAAGAGCAAAUAGAUUACGGUGAUGAGGAUUAUGGAAGUGCUCAAAAGCUGCAAUAUCAGGGCAGUGGAGCUAUUCCGGCUCUAGCAGACGAGGAGAUGAUAGGAGAAGAUGAUGAUUACGAGGAUCUUUAUGAUGGGGUUAAUGUUGGAGAGGGUUUCUUGCAAUUUCAUCGUUCUGAGGCACAAGGCCCGCCUAAUAAUAGUGUUGGAAACGGUGGUAUACAAGCCCAAACCUAUAAUGCCCCUCAACCUAGACAAGAUGCAGGUUUAUCCCUUAACCUGGGAAAUUCUGGGGUUGCUUCCGAUGGGAGACACCAAAGUGCAAGUCUUGCUGUUAAAGAACCAGAAGUGGGAUCUGCUAAUCACAUUAGUGGGGCAGAAAAGAGAAUUCAUGAUACUGCUGCUGGGAAUAUGGGAUUUCAAGGUCCGACCCCUAUAGCUGCAGGCAGUGUUCCAGACAUUAGUAAAGCUACUAAUCAUGUUAGUGGGGGUCCAAGUGCUUCUCAAGGGAAUGUAUUUAAUCAGAUGUCGGCAAAUGCAAACGUGAGUAUGGACCAUAUGAUGGCCAAUGACAAUAUCAUCCGGCCUCAGAUGGAUAACGGUCCAACCAUGUUGUUUGUGGGUGAGUUACAUUGGUGGACCACUGAUUCAGAGAUUGAAAAUGUACUGUCUCAUUAUGGGAAGGUCAAAGAGAUCAAGUUUUUUGACGAAAGAGCAAGUGGAAAAUCAAAAGGCUAUUGCCAAGUCGAGUUUUAUGAUGCUUCUGCUGCUGCUGCAUGCAAAGAGGGAAUGAAUGGACACAGUUUCAAUGGACGAGCCUGUGUAGUGACCUUUGCUUCACCCCAAACUUUGAAGCAGAUGGGAGCUGCCUAUGCAAGCAAGAACCCACAACAGCCGCAGUCGCAGCCUCAGGGAAGAAGAAAUGUAACUGAUGGGGCUGGAAGGGGUGGUGGUGGGAUGAACUUUUCAGGUGGAGAUGGAGGACGAGGUUUCAGUAGAGGUGGAUGGGGACGAGGAGGACAGGGUGUAUCUGCUAGGGGUCCCGGCGGUUCAGGCCCAAGGGGAAGAGGUCCAAUGGGCCCCAAGAAUGGUCUUGGGAAUGUUGGUGGAAUGGGAGGAGCUGCUAUGGGAAACUUUGGGCAAGGUCUUGGAAACCCAGGAUUUGGCGGACCAGGUGGAGGAAUGAUGCAUCCUCAAGCCAUGAUGGGUCCAGGGUUUGACCCGUCAUAUAUGGGCCGAGGAGGUGGGUAUGGAGGCUUUUCUGGCCCUGCUUUUCCUGGAAUGAUGCCUCCGUUUCAAUCUGUCAAUCCCAUGGGAAUGGCCGGUGUGGCUCCUCAUGUUAACCCUGCCUUUUUUGGCCGUGGAAUGACACCGAAUGGAAUGGGAAUGAUGGGUAGCACUGGAAUGGAAGGACAUCCCGGGGCGAUGUGGGCUGACCCUGGCAUGGGUGGAUGGGCUGGUGGUGAAGACCAUGGACAGAAGACAAGAGAGUCAAGUUACGGCGGUGAAGAUGGGGCUUCUGAUUAUAGGUACGCGGAAGAAAACCCUGAAAAGAGUUCUAGGACAAAUACUGCUCCUCCUCGAGAAAAGGAAAGAGCCGCCCCCGAACGCGAUUGGUCUGGAAACUCUGAGAGGAGAUAUCGAGAUGAGAGAGAGCAAGAUUAUGAAAGACCUGAAAAGGAACGCAGAUAUAGAGAAGAGAAGGAUAGCCAUAGAGAUCAUCGUCGAAAAGAACGUGAUUCAGCUUACGAGGAUGAUUGGGACAGGGGGCAGACCUCAUCAAGAUCUAGAAGCAGGUCCCGGGCUGUUCCAGAAGAUGAUCACAGGUCCAGGUCAAGGGAUGUCGAAUAUGGGAAGAGGAGACGUGCUCCAUCAGAGUAACAAGUAAUCUUCACUUUUACGUAGUGUCGGAUGUGAUGAUCAUCAAUCUCCAUGUCUCCGUCACUUGGUUUUCUUCCAACUGCAGUUUCCUGAUUUUGGCCGCACUUUCAAGGCUCGCACUUUCAAGGCUCCUGCUUGUCGCAGCAUUUCUGGCUUUUCAUUACCAAAAGUAAGUAUUAACUUGAGGCAGAUUGAGAGGAAAUAAACUAUUCCUUCCCAUCUUGCUCACUAAAGGACAUCACUAGAUGCCGCCAUAUGCCUGUGUCUAAUGCUUUUAAAUUUGAACAUUUAGCUUGAUUAGUGUAACAGUGUGGAUCUUAUUUGCUGGUUGGUCUCUAAUCUCCCAGCUAGAUUAUUAUGAUGUUUGUUGCCUCAUUCUCUCUGCUCAAGAUAUCACAUCUUUUAGUGAGGCUAUAGAAUCCUUCAUGACUACCUGGGAGUCAUUAUGUGAUCACUACUUGUGAACGGACUAACUUAUCAUGCAUCUUACUUACGUGCAUACCAUCUUUUGUACAGUUUUUGCCACUUCGUGGGUUGUGGUUGAAAAUCAUGUGUGGUCUAUCUAAUUCCUAUUGUAUCAAGUUCAGUGCUGGUUUAAUGGAUAGUUUAGCAUGCUAAUUCUUGUUAAAGUUGUUUGUUUUGGUGCAAUGAUUGAUGCUUAGUGUUUAGCAUGCUGAAUUCUGAAUGUGAGUGGGUCUAGAUUACAGAAUGUAGUAGUGUUUCUUUGACAUGUUUUGACAUGAAGAUUUUGGUCAUAUAUUCAGGGAGCACUCUUUUGCUUCGUGAUUGAAUCAAUCAGCGUAUGUUGAUUAUCCAGAGAAAAGAUGUUUUAUGGCCUGCCCUGCAGUAAAUUCCUCUAUAUUGGACUCUACCUUUACAGAGGAGCUUCUUUUCUGAUUGUGCUAGAUUAACUUUCAAUUUAACUAAAAUGGCAACAAAUUUGCAAUCAAAUUUGUGAAAUGUAAUCUUUUCGCUUGUAACUUUAAUGUACGUACUCCUGUGGCCGUUGUUAGUAGACGUCAUUUUGUAUCCGUAGACUGUACCAUUAGCUUGCUUCUGUAAACAAGGGUGGCUGUUUUUUUUGUGAAGAACCCUUGUGAUGUAUUUUCAUGGUGUUUCUAAAUUUUGUAAACUUGGGUUGACAACUUGGAGAUAGCGGCGUACUUCUAGUCUGACCUGAUUUUUCUCGCGCUUGGAGCUAGUCUUAUUAUGUGUAUUAAUUGUAGUUUCUCAGUUUUAUUUUUUAUAGGAUUAAGUAGAGAGCUUGUAAAUUCUCUGAAAAAAGCAGUCUGGUGAGGAUUUUUUGACCCCCCUUUUAUCAGCUGUUAGCAAUUUAUCAGUCAACAGAAUUAAACUAGGGUUUUUCUCCUUUCUUGUACAUAUAUAUAUAUAGGUUCACUUCAUUCAUUUUUUAAGAAGUCUGUAAAUCUUUGUUAUGUAAAUUCUUUGUACCGACAUUUUAACCAAUGGAAGUCCUUGAGAUGUGAAAUUACCAUCUACUUUUA